AUGGUACCGACAACUCGGUUGUUGAAGAAGCAAGCAUCUUCGAAGUAUGUGAGGCAAAAUAUUACCAUCAACGCUAUUGGCGGCGGGAGUAGUAGCGACGCCGAUGAUGAGAGCGAUUCCGAGAGCGUGGAGGAGCCUUCCAAGAAGCUGACCAGCAAGCUGGGAACAACGGAAUUCCGCGGCUUAUCCGUCCAGGACGUCCUGGGUACGCGCCACCACCUCCAGUGGACUGCGGACGAUAAGAAGGAGUUCAACAAGUUCAGUGCUGCCUUCAAGAUUGCGCGUAACGUCAAGCCGAGGGACAUUAAACCUUUACUAGAGACUCUCGGCUUCAUCGGUCAUAGCGAGGAGCUGGACAAGGAGCUUGCGCAACGCACUGCAAACGCGCUCCAGUACAACCUCCUUUACAAGCUCCGCUUCGUCGGUUACACCUCGACUAACGGAAAGCCCUCGGCGGACUGGCCGGUUUGGACUAAGCGUUGGUACUUGGACCAGAACUGGGACGGCAAUACCGACCCGCCUAAGAGCGAUGGUCCGUUCAGCGGCCAUGAUGCCAAUGCCUCAUCCAAUAGCUCGAAGGGGCCGGCUCGUCCAGCAGACAUGCAAUGGCAGCGGCCUGAAUCUAGGGCCCCGCUCGCGCCUAUCAGCGCGAACGCGAGAGUCCAGCCUCAGGCCCCGUUGCCAUACCCGCCAACCAUGUCGGAGACGGUCACCACGAACACCAUGCCUAGGGUCGACUCCGCAGUGGAGGCCAAGAGAGCUGACUUGGCUGCCACGCACGACAGGACUGGCACUGUAGCGCAGGCUCAGGCUGGGGCCCCUUCGCGUUCGUCGCAGCUCAAGAUAGAGAGGUACCAGAACUGGGUGAAGGUUUCAAAUGCGCCUCUGCCAAAGGAGGAUAUCGGUGCUGUAGCGCCGAGAUUGUACCCUUCGCUUCCGCAGGUGAGGGAGGAUACUGAGGCGGGUUACUGGAACGCGGAAGGAGAAGCGGGCAAGAGGGGUGCGGAGAAGCUAUGGGAGGUUCGCACUGGAGACGGAUCGGGAAGGCGAACAAGCUUAUGA